AUGGAUGAUGGCUACGGUGCCCUUGUCCAGGCAAGGCCUCUUUCUCCAGGUCAUGACAUUGGUCCAGAUGAGGACAGGAAUGGUGUUCCUGCACAGGGGUUCAUGUGCAGUGGUCGUGAAGGAGAAGACAUUACAGGAAUGGUUAUGCAGAAUGGGAUGUUCAUUGAAUAUUUAGAUGAGACCUCGAGCACUUUAACCGAUAUUACAGAUAUGCCAAAUGAGAGCCUGCAUUCGGUAGACAAAGCUUUGUAUCACGAAGUUAACAGACUGAAGACUUUUGAGGGAAACUGGAGUGACAGUUAUUUUGUGCAGCCAACUGAAUUGGCCCGAAAUGGGUUUUUCUGUGUUGGGUUAGGUGAUAAAGUCAAGUGUGUGUUUUGUUUGAAGACAUUGUGGAAUUGGGAGCCAGGUGAUUCAGUAGAGUUGGAGCAUCAGAAGCAUUAUCCUAACUGCCCAUUUGUUCAAGGAAACUGUAAUCACUUGAAUGUGCCAAUCAACACUUUUGAGACAUCAUUGGGGUUGCACAUGAAGACACAGACGCAGGAAUUAUCACCACCUGUGAACUACUCUGAACGUCUGAAGUCGUAUCAGAACUGGCCAAAAUUUGAUGUACUGAGACCGGAAGCUCUUGCCGAAGCUGGUUUCUCUUACUUAGGUGAGGAAGAUCAAGUCAGAUGUUUCUACUGUAAAAAAGUUCUGUCCAACUGGAAGCUGGGCGAUGAUCCAUGGUGCGAGCACGCAAGGUUUUCACCAGACUGUCUGUAUAUUCAGUCAGUGAAAGGGACAGAAUACAUAGAUAGAGUCUGUAGAAGUCAGCUGAGCCCUGACAGCAGUAGAUUGGUGAAUUCUAUGGCAGGUGAAAUGACAAAUGUGACAGAAAAUGAGGCACUUAUUGUUGUCUCAGAGAGAGAAGAUCCAUUAGAGCAGAGGUCACAGAUGGCUGAAGCAGUACCUAGUGGAUUAGAUCUAACAGCUCAAGUUGAGUAUGACAUGAAGAGCCCAGCUGUGGUUGCAAUGAUGACAUUUGAUAUUUCUAUGGAAAAGAUCAGAGAGAGGUUAAUGCAGAUUAGACUGACAAAAGGGCCUGAUUGCACAGUGACAACCUCUGACUUCACAGAUCUGAUCACCUGA